AUGGAGGAGAAGAAGGGAUUUGCAACUAGUACUGAGGAUAUUCAGUCUAAGUUGGACAAGAAACUAGGGCCUGAGUAUAUUUCCAAAAGGGUGGGGUUUGGCACAAGUCGAGUUGCUUAUAUUGAGGGCUGGAAAGCAAUCAACUUGGCUAAUCAGAUAUUUGGCUAUAACGGCUGGAGUACGGAGGUGAAAAACAUUACAGUUGAUUUCAUGGAUGAACGUCAAGGGAAGUUUUGUAUUGGAUGCACAGCCAUCAUCCGCGUAACACUGACUGACGGAACGUUUCGAGAGGACAUUGGAUAUGGAACUGUGGAAAAUGAGCGUCGGAAAUCGUCUGCAUUUGAGAGAGCCAAGAAGUCUGCAGUUACGGAUGCGUUAAAGAGAAGUCUACGAGCCUUUGGUAAUGCACUUGGAAAUUGCUUAUACGACAAGGCGUUUUUAGCAAAGAUCGACAAAGUUAAAUUUGAUCCACCAGAUUUUGACGAAGGAAACUUAUACCGUGCGACUGACGAAGCUAAUGAAAAUUCUAAGUUAAAUGUCGCUGAUCAAGACUCUGGUCGCCCUCCGAGCAAAAGACGGAAUUUUAAUGGCUACCAAAACUCAGAAUCGAGAACGAUACCCGGCGGCUUCGAGGGAGGCAACAACAUCACGACAAACCUGCAGGCAGAACAGUCGGCGCCUUCGCAUUCAGCAGAAACUGGGAUACAGCCGCAAGAUGCAGACGAGUUGGAUGAUUCUUUUAUGUUUAGCGACGAACUCCAAGACGAAGACUUGAUAUCAGCUGGCAAUGCUAAUGGUCACAAUUCAAUGGCUUCAGUACCUGUUGCUGUUCCAGAAGAGUCUGCCCAGAGCGUCACUUCACCUCCUGUACCGGCCACUUUUGUCACAGCCAAAGCCGCACCAAACGUACAAAACAAGGCACCCGUUCCACCUAGCGGAAUAUUCAAUCCAAAAUUUAAAGCACAAUCGAUAAGACACACUGUCGAUCAAACAACGUCCACACACAUAAAAGCUAGUGUCCUGCGCGAAAAUGGGCUUGAAGGUAAUCGCACGGCUGUUUACCAGCGUUUUGCCCCUAAAGGUAAGGUUAUAGACAGCAACCCCUCACUAGAUACCCCAUCCAAAGAUCUUGCGUCUAAUAAUGUUACUAAUACUGCAGGCACUACAGCGACAAGAGAAGGGUUACCUUCAAAAACUAUUUCAAAUUUGAAUCCUGCUGUUGUAAAUACACCAGUUCAGAGAAAGCCAGUAGGUAUGCCAAAAGGGCACCUCCCCAAUCUCCGCAAACCAGUAUAA